AUGCCCGGUACAAACCUCAUCGUUCCUGUUGUUUUGUGGGGCAAAAAUGCCCCUUCGCACUGCGUGUCAUCUGUAUACCUCUCUAGAGACCAGAAAACUCUGGUAACAGGGUGUUAUGAUGGUCAGAUUUGUAUUUGGCAAGUAAAUCCAGAUACAUUGAAGAUGACACCUCGGUGUCUUCUUGUAGGGCACACUGCACCUGUUACGUGUUUGUCUAGAGCUUCUAUUAUUCAGGAUAACAACUACAUAGUUAGCUCCUCAGAGGCAGGUGAAAUGUGUACUUGGGACCUUGUGGAUGGAAAAUGUAGAGAAAGUGUAAAGUUGACGCAGAUUCACACUAACAUCCAGGCAUAUCACAUGUGUAACAGUGAAGAUCUUCGCUUAUUUUGCAAUGGAUAUUAUGCUGAAAUUCUAAUCAUGGAUCCAUUUUCAUUGGAGAUUUUGUUCUGCUUGAGUUCCAAGAUGAAUCCAGAUUGGAUAUCAGCUCUGCAUGUCUUGCGGCCUUCGUCAAGAAAAGAUGAUGUGGUGUUAGCGAUAUCUAUAACAGGCACGGUUAAAGUGUGGUCGCUGCUCGGCCACGAGAACAAGCAGUCGGAGCCGAUAUACGAGAACGAGUCGAAGCAGAUCCGGUGCCUCAACGCGCUGUCGCUCAACUGCUGCGCGUACAACCAGCGGACGGUGCUCGUGGUGUGCGCCAAGUACUGCCAAAUCUACGACGCGGGUGACUUCUCGGUCCUGUGCUCCAUUCAGGCCCCUACGGGCGAGCGAUGGAUGUCCGGUGACUUUUUGGCUACAGACCGAGUGCUCGUUUGGUCCACGGAGGGCAAGGGAUACAUGUAUAAGCUCCCCGCCAAUUCAGUGCCAGACCACAAAGGUUUCCAUGGCCCAACUGUGGAACACGACAGUCCAGUCCUGUAUAGUAUCCUGGCUCAUCCCGAUAACAAGCUUUUGUCGUGUCCGCCUGCGAUGCGCUUCGUGACGACAUCUGCUGGCGGCAAGCAGCGCAGGCUUCUGCUGCGCGGCGACUCCGCCGGCGUGGUGUCACUGUGGUGCGUGGACAAGGCAGCGGCUCCAGUGCUGCAUCAGGUGCCAUCUCACGCGCCCAUAGUUAUGACGAGCCUGGACAUGGCGUGGGCAGAAAUGAACCCCAGCCCCGUGGGCAUCCUGGACCAGCUGUGUCACCCAGAUGAACCAGAAAUAAAGCUGACCGCGUCGAUCUACCUGCUUGCCGCCAACCGGCUGGUCGUGGGCCGCGAGGACGGCUCCAUCGUCAUCGUGAACGCAACCCACACCGUGCAGCUGCAGCUCCUGCACGGCAGCCACCAGCAACUGGACGAUUGGCCACCACAUCAAUUGCUUUUGGGACAUAACGGCAGAGUAAAUUGCUUACUUUAUCCGCAUCAUGUUCACCACAGGUACGACCGCUCUCACCUCGUCUCCGGCGGCAUAGACUUCGCCGUGUGCCUUUGGGACCUGUUCAGCGGCGCUCUUCUGCACCGCUUCUGCGUCCACGCUGGAGAGAUUGCCCAGCUGAUCGUGCCGCCCCACAACUGCAGUACCCGGAUACAGAAGUGCAUCUGUUCUGUUGCAUCGGACCACAGCGUGACUUUGCUUAGUCUGACGGAGCGCAAAUGCGUCACGCUGGCCUCCCGCCAUCUAUUCCCCGUGGUGAGCAUCAAGUGGCGACCGGCGGACGACUUCAUGGUGGUCGGUUGCAGCGAUGGCACGGUCUACGUGUGGCAGAUGGAGACGGGCCACCUGGACAGGGUCCUGCAUGGCAUGAUAGCGGAGGAGGUGCUGGCCGCAUGCGACGAGACCGUAGCGGACGACCUGGGCGGGUCCCUGGCGGCGGGUGCUGGGGACCUGCAGGGCCUCGCUAACCCAGCGGUCCACUUCUUCAGGGGGCUGCGGCAUCGCAACCUGACCGCGAUGCGAGCGGCGACCGCGCGGGGCCUGGCGGCGCUGUCGGGGGGCGGGGGCGCCGGGGGCGGGGGCCCGCUGGCCGAGCCGGCGCGCGCCCGCCGCGCCCCCCUCACCGUGCAGGGCUUCCGUUCGAAUCCGACGGAUCCCGAAAGCCACAUCCUCUUCUUCGACAUCGAGGGUUUGAUUGUGGAGCUGCUCAGCGAGGAAUAUUCGGCGAUGAGCCCCGCGAGCUUGGAGGCUGCCGGACUUAUAACCAGCGAAUACAUGAAGGUGGCAGCACUGACCCAAUCCGCCAGCCCAGACGCCGCCAAACGUAUAUCCGAUUUCUUCGGACGCGUGAAAGACAAGGCCGGCGAUAUGGAGCGGAUACUCAAAGAAAAGGACAAACACGGUAUCCUCGCGAAGAUGAAAGAGGGCGCCGAGACGAUGCAGACCAGGCUUCAGGCCAAGGCCGAACUGCUGAAGGGUAACGCGGAGCAGAAAGGUACGUGGCGCACCCGGGCUAGGUUGCCAACUUACGAGUUUUCCUCC